UCUGAGUCAAAACUUUGCGCAGAGAAAAAAUAGUCUUUCUCUUUGUUCGUUCACCCCCCCACCAAAAAAAAACCCUGAAAAUCCCAUAUACGUGAUUAAAGCAAUAAUCAAUCGAGCAAAUCUCCCUGUGAAGACAGAGAAGAAGAGAAAUGGCGCUUUCACGUCUUCGGCAUCCAGUGAAAGUGAUCUCUUGUGCUCCGUCUCUGCUCUUAAGAGCCCGUCUUCUCUCAUCCGUAGCUUCUAGAUCCCUCUUUCGCUCUCCCCAUGUGCAAAAUCUUCUUUUGGGUGGUCAUGGAUCUCUACUGAGGCCUGCAAGUUUAUGUAUGCUCACUGGCGUUCAUGAGAAUUCUUUGAAGCUAAAGCCAUGGGUCGGUGGUGUCAAGCACUUCUCUUCUGCAGAUCCAUCACAUACAGUACUCCAGAUGCCAGCUCUGUCUCCUACAAUGAACCAAGGUAACAUUGCUAAAUGGAGGAAGAAAGAAGGAGAUAAGAUAGAAGUGGGUGAUGUACUUUGCGAAAUUGAGACUGACAAAGCUACUCUUGAGUUUGAAAGUCUUGAAGAGGGGUUUUUGGCUAAGAUACUAGUACCUGAAGGUUCAAAGGAUGUACCUGUUGGACAACCAAUUGCAAUUACGGUUGAGGAUCCAGAUGAUAUCCAAAAUGUCCCUGCUGCUGUGACAGGUGGAUCUGAGGUUAAAGAAGAAAAUUCAACAAAUAAGUAUGUGGAAAAUGAUGAUGUGGUCCUAGAGAAGAAUUCUAUCAAGACAAGUACAGCUGACCUUCCUCCUCAUGUUAUUCUUGAUAUGCCAGCAUUAUCCCCAACUAUGAAUCAGGGAAAUAUUGCAAAGUGGCGAAAGAAAGAAGGAGACAAGAUAGAAGUGGGUGAUGUUAUAUGUGAGAUAGAGACAGAUAAAGCUACCCUCGAAUUUGAAAGUCUCGAAGAGGGGUACUUGGCUAAGAUACUAGCACCUGAAGGUUCAAAGGAUGUGGCUGUGGGACAACCUAUUGCAGUAACAGUCGAGGAUCCAUCUGAUCUUGAAAUAGUAAAAAAUAGUGUUAGCAGUGGUUCAGGAAUCAGAGAGGAAAAGCCAUCACAUCACGUUGAUAGAAAUGAAGUUAAAGCACAGAAAACAAGCAUUGCAAGGAUUAGUCCAUCUGCAAAGUUGUUAAUUACAGAAUAUAGAUUGGAUUCAUCGUUAUUAAUGGCAUCAGGUGCUCAUGGUACGCUGCUGAAGGGGGAUGUUUUAGAUGCAAUUAAGUCAGGAAAAGGAUCUUCAAAAGUAUUUUCAUCUAAAGAGGGGAAACCUCCAUCACCUCAAACCCAUGUAAAAGCUUCCCCCACAGUUUCACCAGAUUCAAGGUCUCAAUUAAAGCAGUCAGAUUCUUUUGAAGAUUUUCCCAAUAGUCAAAUUCGCAAGGUGAUAGCUAGAAGGUUAUUAGAUUCAAAACAAAACACACCGCAUUUAUAUUUAUCAUCAGACGUUAUACUGGAUCCUCUUCUUUCUCUUAGGAAGGAACUCAAAGAGCAGCAUGAUGUUAAAGUUUCAGUGAAUGACAUUGUCAUCAAAGCUGUUGCUGUUGCUCUGAGAAAUGUACCAGAGGCAAAUGCUUACUGGAGUGUUGAGAAAGGAGAAGUCAUCCUAUGCGAUUCUGUUGACAUUUCAAUUGCAGUGGCAACAGAGAAGGGAUUGAUGACUCCAAUAGUGAGGAAUGCAGAUCAGAAGACCAUAUCAUCAAUAUCCUUGGAGGUCAAGGAAUUAGCUGAGAAGGCAAGGGCAGGGAAGCUUUUGCCAAAUGAAUUCCAAGGAGGAACUUUUAGCAUUUCAAACUUGGGAAUGUUUCCCGUGGACAAUUUUUGUGCAAUUAUAAACCCCCCACAGUCUGGCAUCCUAGCUGUUGGUAGAGGCAACAAAGUUGUUGAACCAGUAAUUGGAAGUGAUGGAGUUGAGAAGCCUGCCAUUGUCACAAAAAUGAACCUAACAUUAUCUGCUGAUCAUCGUGUUUUUGAUGGCAAAGUUGGAGGUGCAUUUCUCUCAGCUUUGCGUUCAAACUUUAGUGAUAUCCGAAGACUUCUUUUGUAAUAAGAUGAAUGGAGCUCUCAAAUUGACUCAUGGGACUUUCCAGAGAUCAACCAUGGAGGCGGAUGCAAUUCAAAAUUCGGUCGAGAUUUUUUUUAGAUUAACCAUGUUAUUUUUUUUCGUGGAGUAUCUCUGCUUGAUUUGCUAUUCUUGUACCAUCUUGUUUACGGGUUUUUUGUUGGUUCCUUCCAACUCCCCCACGGAGAACUGAAUGGUUGAGUGCAUAAGCCAUGAGGUUUUGCAUUUUGGUUUCAAAUGCUGAGGUUUAAAAGACAAUUACUCUGAAGUUUUCUGGACGAGAAAACGAAACAAUUGUGCCAAUGUUUUGGUCUUUUUCAUCAAACAGCUUUAUGUUACAGUAGGAAUAAUGAUGUAUAAAAGAACAAUGAAAAAAUAAAUCUCUUUUACAGUGAA